AUUGGGGCUGUUCACAGGGAGUUGGCCUGUUUCCAGGUAAUAUCUUCCCUGCACCACUCUGUGGUUUUGGGAUAUCCCUGGCUUCAGAAACACAAGCCGACCUUUGAUUGGCGGUCCGGUCGAGAUUCUCUCGUGGUCGCCACAGUGUGGGGCCCGGUUGCAUCCGUUGCCGCUUUUUGGGCUACAUUUCGCUGUGGGAUUUUCCAAGGACCCUCAGAAGGUUUCAGCGGUUCUGCAGUGGCCUCGUCCCAGUGGUCUUUGGUCCAUUCAGCGCUUUUUGGGAUUCACCAACUAUUAUCAGUUUUCAGGAACUUCUCCCACGCUGGCCAA